CCCGAUUAGGCAGAGCGCCAUUGUUAAUUCCCUGUCUGUGGAACCAGGCCCAAGACGUGUGGGGCGAUUAGCUGCGGGGUAGUCUUAAAAAAAUGCCUUGUCUCCAUCGGCAUGGGCCUUAAAAACAAGGUGGUAAAAGUGCUUGAAUUUGUGGAGGUCGGCUUGUGUGGUUUUGUUGUUAAGGUUGGUAACAGGAAUUGGUUCUCCAGUGCCCGAGAAAUCCUUAUAAACCCACGAUGUGGGCUGCAGCUUCCAACAGCCUGCCCGCCCUGCAGCCUCUUGUUGGAAGUUGUGGUACUUGAAAUACGGAAGCUUGGUUGCCGGCCUCCGUCGCCGGUGCCGUUUGGGAGUUGUUACGGAGCCGGCCCCACUCCAGGAACGCGAACGGGUUUUGGACCGGUAGAACUUCGGCCGAGUCUUGGUUCGUGCUUGAUGAGCCAUCAAUUGCAGUCGUGCAAAAGGAAUGAUUUUGCCUGUGGCCUAGGGAGAGCAAACAAGGAUGUUCAGCGAUUCUCUUCACCGUUCAAGGGCGGAGUGCUAAUCCGCGGGAUGUUUCUGGCGGAACGCUUGCAUAGGUAUAUGAUAUCCGGAUGUUCGGCCAAAUAUGGACGAACCUCUCCCGCGCCGCCCCGUCCAUUCGUACGACGCGGAUAUCAGAACGGCCAGGUGCCCCUCGGCUUCUCGAAGGGAGCUAGAAGGCCAGACGGGGUCGGUCUCCCCGCCCCUUCCAGUCUCCUGCUCACCGGCAUUUCUUUAAUUCAACUCGCGGGCCGAUACCCUGGAACUCUUGGUCCCUUCAGGCUAAGAUGGUCUGAUGAUACCGGCCCUCUUGCUUCCAGCAUGUGCCAAGCGGUAUAGGAGCCAGUCUUCAUAUUACAUUGGCAUGAGGACUCGAUGGAGACGAAGUCUCCUGCAUUCCUUGACCGAGCGUGUUCCGCCGUGACUGACGCUUAUAUACCUCCCGUUCGACC